AUGUCUCAGCAGAAACCUAUCUUCGUUGCAACCCAUCCCCGGGCUUGCUCCACGGCCUUUGAGCGGGUCUUCAUGACUCAAAGAGACACCAUUCAGUGUGUCCACGAGCCCUUUGGCGAUGCAUUUUACUACGGCCCUGAGAGGCUCUCAGAUCGGUAUGAAGCCGACGAGAAGGGCCGCAUUGAGAGCGGAUUCAGCGAGUCCACGUAUAAAACUAUCAUUGACAGGAUUGAGCGCGAAGGGAAGGAGAAUGAGGGCAAGAGAAUCUUCAUCAAAGACAUCCUGCACUACCUCCUCCCGCCACACGGGAAACCAGCCGGCAUUGCCCCUUCCCUCCACAGGAUCAAGCGCGGCGUAGGGACCGAGACAGCUACCACUAAGCCCUCUGCGGCCGUUGGCAGUAACGGAGAUUCCGUCGCCAACGGCCACCACCCCGUUGCCGAAGUGAAUGGCAACGGCAGCAUGGCCAACGGCGUUUCCGACGGUACCGGGGCAAAGAAGGGCAACAGCACAGCACCCUACCCAUAUGGUACCCCCUCCGAACCAGGAAACCCUACCGUCAUGCCCAAGGAGAUCCUGGAAACCUUCCACUUUGCCUUCCUUAUCCGCGACCCGCACUACAGCGUGCCCUCCUACUACCGCUGCACGAUCCCGCCCCUCGUUGCCAUCACGGGCUUCACGUACUACGACCCCGCUGAGGCCGGGUACGACGAGAUGCGCCGGUUCUUCGAGUACCUGCGUGCUGAGGGUCUGGUAGGACCUCACGUUGCGACUCGCGAGGCAGACGCCGACGAGAUCCUCGCCAGCGCCCAGGACGGCCAGACUUCCAAGCCCAAGCCUGUCUCGAGCCCAGACGCUAAAGUCGGCGUGGAGAUCUGCGUCGUCGACGCGGACGAUAUGCUCGAUAGCCCCGCGGCGAUGAUGGAGGCGUUCUGCCGCAGCGUCGGGAUCCCAUACACGAGCUCCAUGCUGAACUGGGAUACCGAGGAGGACCACGAGCGUGCGAAGGAGGCCUUCGAGAAGUGGAAAGGGUUCCACAACGAUGCGAUUGACUCGAGGGGGUUGACUGCUAGGAAGCAUCCCCGCGCCCCCAAAUCCGAAGAGCAGUUCGACGCCGAGUGGCGCGAGAAGUACGGCGAGGAGGGCGCCGCCCUGAUCCGCAAGACGGUCGACGCAAACAUGGCCGACUACCUCUUCCUCAAGCAGUUCGCGAUGAAAGUCUAG